GCGAGCGGUGGAACUGGUUACGGUCUGGCCUUGGGAAGUUCCGAUCUUUUGAGUUUAAACACUAAUUCUGCAUUUGUAUUGUCACUUGCAGAAUGAUAGUGAGUAUACAAUACUUUAGAAGCAAUCUUCAGAGAUACAUGGAGAAGCAGUUUCUCAAGUUUUGGCUUUGGAGUCCCUAAACUUCAGAUAUUGUCGAAGUUGAAGACUAAUCUCAGGUUGCAGACAAAUAUUUGAUGCCAUUAUUCAAGUUGGAGCAUGUUCCAGGGAUGCCAAAUUGUCCCGUUUUGUGUAUUUUCUACACUAUCUGACAAGUGAUAGGUUGAACAUAUCUGCAGAUUAAUAUGGCUCGACGCAGACUUGGGACUCUGAAGAGAAAAUUCUACGCUACAAGUAUCACAAUCCUCUGCCUCUCCACGGUAUUCUAUAAGGUAUGCUUUCGGAAAGGAAACCUAUUGCUCAAAAAGAGAUUUAACGGCACAGAGUCUGAGAGGCUCCAAUAUAACUCACUUCACUUCAGUGUACAGGAUAUACUGCGAGGGAAAGAUGAUGUAGAUGGGCCAAGUCAUGACUAUCUCAUCCAAGAUUCAUUUUGGACAUCUAUUGAGGCAAAACAGAAAGAUCAAAAUUCUUCUGGAAUUAUCUUGAAGAGCAGCAUGGAAAAAGGGCUCAGCAAAUCAGAAAUCCAGUUUCAAGGAACAAUCAAUUCAAAGAAUCUUCUGCACCCAUCUGUAAGUGCCAGACAUUUAUCCAGAAUUCAGCAACUAAAGGCAACAACAAUAAUUUUCAAUGUAGCAUCGAAACCCACAAAGAAAAAGCUCCUGCAUAAUAAGCAAUGGAAUUCAUGGAUGAUUUGGAAUGAAGACAGCACUUCAAACAAUCUCAACCGACGUCUACAGAACGUCAAAAACAAUUAUGCCGCUAUGAAUAAAUAUGCUGUGAACUUCACCGGAACAAGAAAUUUGAAGAAACUCAGCAGCAAAGAACUGUUAUGUGAACUGAAACAGAGAGUCCAAGUAGCAUCCAUUGAAUUUGGAGAUGAGUCCUUCACAACCCCUGACUGGCAAAAAUACAUUCCAAACAAGAACCUUACCCAAGCACUUGGCCCAUUCAAUACUUGUGCUGUUGUGGCAUCAGCUGGCUCUAUCCUCCAUUCGAGGCUUGGAGGUGAAAUAGAUGCCCAUGACGCUGUUCUGAGGUUCAAUGGGGCACCUACCAUAGGAUUUGAAUCUGAUGUGGGGAGACGCACAACAAUUCGGAUAGUUAAUUCACAGGUCCUCUCCAGGCAAGAGCUCAAGUUUCAUGAUAAUACUUUAUACAGAACAGGCACCUUAUUAGUGUGGGAUCCAUCGCCAUAUUCAGCUAAUCUUACUGAGUGGUUUAGACAUCCAGACUAUAACUUCUUUGAGAAUUACAAAAAAUAUCGUCAAAUGAAUCCAGACCAGCCCUUCUAUAUUAUAAACCCCAAGAUGGAAUGGCAGCUUUGGAACAUCAUGCAAGAGAACACAGCUGAAGAUAUUCAGCGCAACCCUCCCUCCUCUGGGAUGAUGGGUAUUCUGUUAAUGAUGACCAUUUGCAAUCAAACGGAUGUUUAUGAAUUUAUACCCUCAAGACGACAAACAGAUCUCUGUCAUUACUAUGAAAAGUUUCAGGACCAAGCCUGUACAAUGGGUGCCUACCACCCCCUAAUGUUUGAGAAGAACUUGGUGAAACGUAUAAAUCAAGGGUCGGAUGAGGAGAUCUAUAUGCAAGGCAAAGUUACGUUACCUGGAUUCCGAACCUUCAAGUGUCCUUAGGCAGAAAAAAUACAAGCUGUCACUGCUUGAUUUAUCAUCCUGUGAACCUCCAUAACAGUUUACUAAUUAUUAUCAUUUUGAUUUUUCUUUUUGUCUCUCAUCUUUAAUUUGCAGUAAAUCUUUAUUGAAUCUAAGCACUUACCAUCAUUUUCCAGUCUUCAGUGUUUGGAACCACUGGAAUACAUGGCAGAAAAGUGUAAAUGUUGCACCAUUGUCCGUAAAGAGUGUACCAUGCCCAGCAACCUCAGUCCAGUUUGCCUUGGGAAAGCCUCUAGAAAUAAUAAUUCUGGACAAAAUAAAAAAUGACUUUGGAAAUUGCCAGCUCAUUAAGGAAAGCCAGUGUGGAUUUGUUGAGGCCAAGUCCUGAAGUUAACAGAAUACCAAUAAUGCUGAUACUGUAAUGUGUGUGGACUAUCAAAUGGCCUUUGUAUUUGAGUAAUUGUGGAAUCACUUCUGCUGUUAUACAUUAUGUUCUGUGUUGUGCAAGCAUUGACUAGUUAAGUAUAGUCAGUACUCUCCCAAGUGCUAAAAGGCAAGUCACUGAGCUGUAUGGUCUAUGUACUGGCAUUGCAACUGCCCUGUACAGAGGAACCUCGAUUCUCCGAAUAUUGAUUAUCCAAAUUUUGGAUUAUCCGAAGAAGAUUUCAAGGUCCCCCAAAAAUAUUACA